AUGAACUCAAAUUCGAAAAGAGGCCUCUGCUGGCCCGUCGAAAACCACCCCCAAGACCAAGUCUUGCCGUGGACGAAACCCGGGAGUAAGGUUUCGUGGAUUUAUAACUGGUCCCCCACCCCAACCCCUUCAAGUCCCUCCUCGCUGGUGUUCGUGCCGAUGCAGUGGAAUGCGCAUGAGAUUUCUUCUCUGCCGCGGAAAGUGGAGGAGAGUAGAAGCGACACGGUUAUUCUCUUCAACGAACCCGAACUCCCCGACCAAGCCAACAUGUCCGCCGCGACCUGCGCGCAAGAAUGGCUCACGCACAUCGAGCCUCUGCGGCGGCGAGGCGUGCGGUGCGGGAGUCCCGGGAUUUCGUGCGCGGGGCAUGCGGUGGGGUGGUUGAGGGAGUUUUGGGGACUGGUGAGGGACGGGGGCGGGGAUGUGGAUUUUUGGUGUUUGCAUUGGUAUGGCGAAACCCUUGGCCAGUUUUAUGAUUAUAUCUGGAGCACCCACCACCAACUCGACCCCACCAAACCCGUCUGGAUCACCGAAUUCGCCGCCACAAACUGGAACUCCGACAACCCCCUCCCCCGAGACCACGUCGAGAGUUUCGCGCGCGAGAGCGUCAAGUACCUCGACACGCUGGAUUGGGUGGAGAGGUAUGCGUGGUUUGGGCCGAUGAGGGAUACGGGGACCGUGGGCCGGUGGGCGAGGAUGCUGGAUGAUGAGGGGAAGUUGACGGAGUUGGGGAAGGCGUAUCGAGAUGGAUAA